GUUCCCGCGUUGAUCUCCCCGGCCGUUAUUUAAUCCCGGCAAUCUCGGCAAGAAAAAGAGAGAUUGAAGCCCAAUAGACGUCAAAGGUCCCACCUUUUCUCCCCCUUUUAGCAUCUCCGUUCCAAUCCCUAGAUCCCACCACCUUUCUCCCCGAUCUCCUCCUUCCCCGGAUGGUCCUCGCCGCCGCCGGAGAUGGGCUGCGUCGCCUCCAAGAAGGCGGUCUCGGUGACCCCCGCAUUCGAGCGCCAGGACUCCAGCGCCGUCUUGGCCUCGUCGUCCCUGCGAUGCCGGACUGGGAGCGGUGGCCCUGAGCCGAAGGACGAUGGCGAGAGGAUUGAAUCAGGGGAAUCCGGGAGGGGGAGCUCCAAUUUCACCAAUUCCCGGAGCUUUCGAUUGAGGAAUUUGCAUAGGUAUAUUGAAGGGGAGCAGGUCGCCGCCGGCUGGCCGUCUUGGCUCUCCGCUGUCGCCGGUGAAGCUAUUCAGGGGUGGGUGCCUCUCAAAGCUGACAACUUUGAGAAGUUGGAGAAGGUUGGACAAGGCACGUAUAGCAGUGUGUUUAGAGCUCGUGAUGUUGAGACUGGCAAUAUUGUUGCAAUGAAGAAGGUUCGGUUUGACAAUUUUGAGCCAGAGAGUGUUAGGUUUAUGGCACGAGAAAUACAAAUACUUCGAGGGCUUGACCAUCCAAAUAUUGUCAAACUGGAGGGGAUUAUCACUUCUCGAUUAUCUUGUAGCAUUUAUCUGGUGUUUGAAUAUAUGGAACAUGAUCUUGUGGGGUUGUCAUCUUCUCCUGACAUCCAAUUCACAGAAUCACAGGUGAAGUGCUAUAUGCAUCAGUUGCUAUCUGGACUUGAACAUUGUCAUUCUCGUGGUAUCAUUCAUCGUGACAUCAAGGGUGCCAAUCUUUUAGUUAAUAAUGAAGGAAUUCUAAAAAUCGCCGACUUUGGUCUGGCAAACUUCUGUGAUUCUAGGAAAACACAACCGUUGACAAGCCGGGUUGUGACAUUGUGGUACCGUCCCCCAGAACUUCUUCUAGGAUCAACAGACUAUGAAGCGACUGUGGAUCUAUGGAGUGUUGGUUGUGUCUUCGCAGAGAUGUUUGUCAAGAAGCCUAUUUUACAGGGUAGAACCGAGGUCGAGCAAUUACACAAAAUCUUUAAGCUUUGUGGUUCCCCAUCAGAUGAAUACUGGAAGAAGUCUAAGUUGCCGAAUGCAACAAUUUUCAAACCACAUCAUCCUUAUGCAAAUUGCCUUUGGAGUACAUUCAAAGAUUUGCCAGCAAAUGCCUUCCGACUGUUAGAAACUUUUCUGUCUGUUGAACCCCACAAGCGGGGAACUGCCUCAUCUGCUCUUGUUUCUGAGUACUUCACCACCAAACCUUAUGCAUGUGAACCUUCAAGCCUGCCAAAAUACCCUCCUAACAAGGAGAUCGAUGCCAAAUAUCGUGAGGAGUCACAAAGGAAAAAACAGGCUGCUAAAAGAGGACAUACAACAGUAAGAACAUCAAGAGUCUACAGAACUUCAAGAGAACCAUUUAAUCAAAAUAAAUUAGCUGUUCGACAAGAGGAGUCUAAAACAAAUGCUCAGGACAAUGGUGAAGGUUAUGUGAAGCCAAAUCAUCGAAGCGUGAAUGGUGACACAAGACUUUUUGUCGACCUACAGCCAAUGGCCACAAUUAAUCCUUCAGAUAAGGGUCGACAUGUGAAGCAUAUCUCCCAAGGCGACAUUCCUUUCUCCGGGCCCUUGCUCGUUCCUGCAUCCAGUGGCUUUGCGUGGGUUAAAAAGCCAAAAGAGGACCAGCCAUUUGCUAGAUCUCUCAGUAAAUCUAGCUCAAAACGCAGUGCCUCUGGCGCAUCAGAGUCAUCGGGUACUCUACAAGCCAAGAAUAGUCUCGAGUCAAGAAUCCAAUCAAAUGGAGAUGCUGCGAACGGAGCCUCUGCUUGUUCUGGAGGUCACGGACAAAGUGAAUUUGCUAAGUAUGCAAUGCUGAAAAAAUGGGCACAAUUAGAGUGUCCGGAUUCAUUUGACGCUUCAGAUAUGUACCAUUCACAGAAGUUCACUGAAGCAUUUUACUCGAAAGAUUUGCUGCCAUCUAACCACAGCAUUCUGGAUUAUCACGUCGAACCAGAAAAGGUUGAAUUCUCUGGGCCUUUAUUGUCCCAAUCCCAUAAAGUGGAUGAGCUUUUGCGGAAACACGACCGACAUAUCCGCCAAGCCACUCGCAGAUCAUGGCUCCGGAGAGUGACAGGGAUCAAACAAGGAAAGUAGAGACAGUAUGUGGCAUGGAUAUUAAGGACCAGUCAGUCUUAAAUAGAAGGCAUGUUCCAGUGGCUCUACCGAACACGGCAGCAUGGCGAUAAUGAUUACGGAAGCGAAAAGUGGUCUCGGAUUAUGAUAGCUGAACUACCACUUCCAUCUCUAGUUCAAAUUUGUGGAUCCUGUGCUUCCUUUCAGUUAGAUCCUACAAUGUUGGCUCUGCUGAUACUUCACCAUUAUUGCCAUUAAUUUGCAGCUAACUAUAUUCUGCAAAUGACUUCUUGUUGAGUGUACAAUAAACAAAGUGAUUCCUUGGAAAUGUGAAUGUAAACAUGUUCUUGAGAGCUUGUAAAUGCUUCAAGAGCCCUUCUUGUAAAAAAGAUAGCGUUUUUAUGUUCAUAAUUAUUACCGAUCAAACGCCAUGGUUUGGUCUUGAUUUUGAUGAUCAAAGACUAAUAAUCUUCAUGAA